AUGUGCUUAGAAAAGAAAGAACAUGGGACCAUCUCCUAUGGUAACUUGGAAGAGGGUGAGGUCUCCAGUCUCUGUUCAGCCCCAAAGGACCCUUAUAGCGACCCCAAGUUACCAGGAUGCUCCCAGGGGUCAAUGAAAACAUCCAACCAUCUAACUGCUAUCCUGAAGCCCCAGGAGUCCGUGGCUCAGCUUCUCACCACCGAAGGCAGCUUGAAGUCAGAAGGGAAAACGGAGGAGGAGUACUAUCAGAACAUUUUACAUUGCUGGAACAACUAUAAGGGUCAUAUGGACUCUAUCAAAGACGACUGGUGCAACUGGGCGGUGAUUAGCAGUCCUUAUAGCAAACUCCAGAAUUGCUUGGAAGAUAAUGCAGAACAGUUUGGCCUGGGCUUUCCCAAUCCCUUGGCGGAAGAAGUCAUCUUUGAGACUCACCUGAUCCACUUUGCCAACUGCUCCCUGCAGCCCACCUUCUCAGACCCCCCAGAGGAUGUGCUCCUGGCCAUGAUCAUAGCCCCCAUCUGCCUCAUCCCGUUCCUGGUCACCCUUGUGGUGUGGAAGAGUAAAGACAGCGAAGCCCAGACUAAGGCGGCAUGAGUUUCUCAGCUACCUUACUCCUUUCCCCUGCUACCACCAGGUCUCUCUCUCUGUCUCUCUACCUUCUUCUCUCACUUUCACCCCACACAGAGCCUCAGAUUGGUGGAGAUGGAGCUGGAUGGGCUCAUGGCACAAGUUCUGUAAUUUUCAAAAUAAAAGUUUUUUCUUUUGUACACUGUCA